AUGAGCGGACAACAGCAGAAUGUUGCAGCUCCAAAGUUGAAUGAAAGGAUAUUGUCGUCAUUGUCCAAGAGAUCAGUGGCUGCCCAUCCUUGGCAUGAUCUUGAAACAGGUAAAGAGGCCCCUGUUGUGUUCAAUGUGGUUGUGGAGAUAUCAAAAGGAAGUAAAGUGAAAUAUGAACUUGACAAAAAAACAGGGCUGAUUAUGGUCGAUCGUGUCUUGUACUCAUCAGUGGUCUACCCUCAUAACUAUGGUUUCAUCCCUCGUACACUUUGUGAAGACAAUGACCCGAUGGAUGUUUUGGUCCUCAUGCAGGAACCAGUUAUUCCUGGAUGUUUUUUACAAGCCAAGGCAAUUGGUCUUAUGCCUAUGAUUGAUCAGGGAGAGCAGGAUGAUAAGAUCAUUGCAGUUUGUGCUGAUGAUCCUGAGUAUCGCCACUUCAAUGACCUCAGCGAGUUAUCUCCUCAUCGUCUUGCAGAGAUAAAGAGCUUCUUUGAAGACUACAAGAAAAAUGAGAACAAAAAGGUUGCAGUCGAUAAAUUCCUGCCUGCAAGCGAUGCUCAGAAAGCCAUCCGAUCCUCAAUGGACCUUUAUGCUGAAUAUAUAAAUCAAAGCUCGAAGCAGUAGAUUGGCUGCACAAUUUUAAUAGUUGUUAUAUAGAAGAACUACCAAGGCAGAGAGGAGCAGAUUGUUCUUAUUGAAAACAUCAUCUGGCAUCUAC